AGUGGGAAGAAUUCCCUUACAUUGGUGAUCAGUGGGAAGAAUGUUCCCUUACAUUGGGUGAUCAGUGGGAAGAAUAGUCCUUACAUUGUGGGUCAAUGGGUAGAAUGUCCCUUACAUUGGGAUCAGAAUUGGGAAGAAUUCUCCUUACAUUGGUGAUCAGCUGGGAAGAAUGCUCCUUACAUUUGGUGAUCAGUGGGAAGAAUGUCCCCUUACAUUGGUGAUCAGUGGGAAGAAUGCCUCCUUACAUUGGUGAAAUCCAGGUGAGAAGAAUGUUCCUUAUACUUACUUGGGAUGUCAUUGGGAAAGUAAAGCUACCUACAAUUGGUUGGUCAGUGGGAGAUGAAUGUCCCUAAACAAUGUGA